GCGAGAGAGUGAACGCGAGCGAGCGACGUGGAGAGAGAGUGCGCGUCUCCAUGCCCCGUGGCGUUUUCUUCUCUCGAUGGUUUUGCCAUUCGCUCCGUCGCAGCAUCGCACGUUCCGCGGCGGCCCCGAGAGGCACACCGUCGUAGCGCAUCGUCCGUUGUCCACGCGAACGAACGCACAGGGCGAAACGGAUGUCCGCGGAGGCGAGAACAUUCGCGGCGAUACACGGCUGACAGACACGCAUCGAGCGUGAGUGAGUGAAAGAGAAAGAAGGAUCGACGCGUCGACGACGACGACACGACGGUGAAGCACGGUGAGUGGCGCGGAGUGGGAAAGGCGAGAUACGCAGUAAGGAUUCUCGGCGGCGGUGAAAGAGACAGAAAGAAAGAAGAAGGGACACUCACUGACGUGUGCGGGCGUGUUCUCGGAGACGUGCGCGCGCGCGCGAGACGGACGAACACGAACGAACGCUCCCCGGGAAAACGUCCUCUCGGGUGGAAAACGCGGCAGCGUAACCGUGCGCCGCCGCCGGUCGCCUUCAACGACAUUCAUGUGACGUGACGAGAGCCGAUACCCAGUCGUGCCUGCCUGCCGAGGAGGGAGACGACCCCGAGUGGAGUUGGACGAACGCCGAGAAGCCGGGCCAACGGCGGACUCAAGAUGCUCAAGUUCAUCAGGGGGAAGGGCCAGCAGCCGACGGCCGAGCGACAGAAGCUGCAGAAGGAUCUCUUCGCUUUCCGAAAGACGGUGCAGCAUGGUUUCCCGAACAAGCCAACCGCUCUCGCCUGGGAUCCGAGUUUGCGUCUGAUGAUCAUCGGCACGGCAUCCGGCGCCAUCAAGGUUUUCGGGCGACCAGGUGUAGAGUUCUAUGGACAACAUUCCGUCGAAAGCGGUGAGAAUGCCGUCACGAAGAUCGUCGCACUGCCGAACGAGGGUCGCGUGGUGUCCUUGUGCGACGACAAUUCCUUGCACUUGUGGGAGAUCAAUGAAAGUUCCGUGGUGGAGACGAAGUCGCUGUCGUUAGAAGGCAAAUUGAAGAAGAUCUCUGCGAUGUGUCUCGAAUCGAGCGGGGAACAUCUCUUAUUGGGGACGGAAGGCGGCAACAUCUAUCUGCUGAACUUGAAGACCUUCGUCAUGCCGGACAAUAUUAUUUAUCAGGAUGUCGUGAUGCAGAAUGUUCCGGAGGACUACAAGAAAAACCCAGGUGCGGUCGAGGCCAUAGCCGAGCAACCGGGACAUCCGGAUAACAUCCUGAUUGGUUACAAUCGCGGCUUGAUGGUGCUGUGGAACAAGGCUACUCCGGGAGCUCAGCAGCUGAUGGGUUUGUUUUCGCGUGCGCAGACAUUUGUCUCCACGCAACAGCUGGAAUCGGUUCACUGGAUCUCCGAGAGCCGCUUCGUCUCGUCGCACAACGACGGGUCCUACGCGUUUUGGAGUCCGGGCGGCGACGCGGUGCCGGAGCCCACGACGCUUUACGGGCCGUUCCCGUGCAAGGCGGUCACCAAGAUCCUCGUCUACCCUACCGCGGAACACGGCGAACUUGUUCUGUUCUCCGGCGGUAUGCAGCGCGCCAGUUACGGGGAUCGGCACACGAUCACCGUCAUGACUAAGGACAAACAUUUGGUCUUCGACUUCACGUCCAAGGUGAUCGACUUCUUCACUGUGUUCCCCAAGGAGGAGGACGGCAACAAUGAGAAUCCCAUCAGCCCCGAGGCGCUCAUUGUGUUGGCCGAGGAGGAACUGGUAGCUAUCGAUUUGACCAACCCCGAGUGGAAGAUGAUGGCUCUACCUUACCUAGUGUCUCUUCACGCGAGUGCGGUGACCUGCUCCCAGCACGUGCCCAAUGUCCCGGAAGAGCUAUGGGAGGCGAUCGGAGUGGCCGGUAAGGCACAGACGGAGCACCUCUACUCGGACAAGGUGUGGCCCAUCGACGGUGGCAUUAUCCUCUGCCAGAAACCGGCGAACCCCGACAAGCCCAAGAGCCGGGAACUGCUGCUCACCGGACACGAGGACGGCACCGUGAGGUUCUGGAACGCGUCCGACGUCCCGUUGACGCCCUUGUACAAGUACAACUCGUCGAUUCUGUUCACCGGCGAGCACUUGGACGUUCUGGAACAGCCGCCGGAGGACGACGAGGACGAAUGGCCGCCAUUCAAAAAAGUAGGGAUUUUCGAUCCGUACUCGGACGACCCACGGCUCGCCGUGAAGAAGGUACUUCUCUGUCCGUUGUCGUCCACCUUGGUGAUCGCCGGCACGGCCGGCCACGUCAUCACCGCCACCAUUUCGUCGGAGCCGGUCAACAAGGAGAUCAAGGGCGUCACCAUGAACAUCGUCAACGAUCGCGACGGCUUCGUGUGGAAGGGCCACGACCAUCUGCCGCCGCGAACCGCGAAUAUAUCCUUCGCGGUCGGCUUCCAGCCGCAGAGCCUCCUCCAGCUGUACCCGCCCGCAGCUGCCACGGCGUUGGCGUUGCACAGCGAAUGGGGAUUGCUCGCGGCUGGCACGGCACAUGGGCUUGCCGUUUUCGACUAUACCAGGGGAAAGGCCGUCAGCGUCAAGUGCACGCUCAAUCCGAACGAUCUCUCCGGUGCAGGCGACACGCCUAUCUCCCGUCGGAAGUCCUUCAAAAAGUCCCUCAGAGAGUCUUUCAGGAGAUUGAGAAAAGGACGCUCGCAGCGCCGGACGAACGCUAAUAGUCCUACGCAAAAUACCGCGCCCGAGAAAAAGAAAGACAGCCCCAGCGUCGCCUCGUCACCGAGCGGUGACCUAUCACCGGGGGUGGAAUUGAAACCGGUGGAGAGACAAGUAGAAGCAAGACCCGUAGACGACGCUCUAGGUUCCAUGGUGCGGUGCUUAUAUUUCGCAAGGAGUUACAUCAUUAGCCUACAAAAUACAACUCCCACGCUCUGGGCUGGUACUAACAACGGAACGGUGUACGUCUUCACAUUGGCCAUACCGGCCGGCGCCAGGAGAACGGAGGAGGACGUUAAUUGCACACUGGGCAAGGAGAUACAGCUGAAGCAUCGGGCGCCGGUGAUAGCGAUCACGAUCCUCGACGGAUCGAGUGUACCGUUGCCAGAGCCGUACGAGGCCGAGAAAGGCGUGACAGCCGGGCCCGACAUGACCUCUCCGCACAGAGUCGUGAUCGCCAGCGAGGAGCAAUUCAAGAUCUUCAAUCUUCCGUCCCUGAAGCCGCACUGCAAGUAUAAGUUGACCGCGCACGAAGGAUCCAGAGUGCGUAAAACUGGCUUUGCCAAGUUUUCGUGUCCCGUCGAGCCGACGGGAACCCACGAAGAAACUUGCUUACUCUGUCUGACGAACCUGGGUGACUGUUUGGUGCUGAGCAUACCGGAACUGAGGAGACAAUUGAACGCCGCUGCGAUCAAACGGGAGGAUAUUAACGGCAUUUCUUCCUUAACAUUCACGAAGUCCGGUGAGGCGUUGUACCUUCACUCGAGCUCGGAAUUGCAACGAAUUUCCUUGUCGGCCGCGAAAAUGACCAAAGCGCAUUGCGCGCUCAGUCUACCGCCUCACGCUCGAUCGUACACGGAUAACGCUGUCGAGACCUCGCAGGAGCAAGCUGGUGUUGUCGAAGGCGCGCCCGAGACAGAAGGGGAGACUCAAGGAAGUCAACCGCCCACGGUAGUGAACCGAGUUAUCACGGAGAAUGGCGUGGUGGGUUCCACUGGGGAAGAAGAGUCUCCGAAGGAACCGUCGCUGCGACCAGCCACGAGUAGUGUGGACGUGAACGGGGACGACGACCGGCAGGAUUUGAGUUCUAUCGGAGACAUCACGAUCGACAGUGUUAAAGAUCACUUACUUAACAGUUCGCUUUUCAGAAACGCCACGUCUUCCGAGGAACUCCACAAUCGUUUGGCAGGGCUUAAAAUGGAGGUGACCUCACGGUCUUCCGAGAUAUCGACGCAGAAUCAAUCGUUAGUGGUGAAAACUACCACCGUGGUUACGCAGACUACAAAUAGCACGACCGCCAACGGCGAGGUUGAGACGAGUCAGGCGAACGAGACGCAGCAUGUGAACAGCACUACGGUAGAGCGAGAGAUACGCAGCGGUAUCGAGACAACGACGACACACGCUACCAUCACUCUACCUCCGAACGUCGAGAUUAGUGCCGCGGACUUGGCCAAUUUGGAGAUCACCACGACUACGGUGACUACAGAAGUGUCGAAGGCGCCGUUGGCUAGGCCAGAGGAGGUCGGAUCGUAGGCCUGUUCCAUAUCGUUUCUUCUCUACGCUGACCACGCAUCGAUUUCGCGCCCCGCAUACGGAGCUACCAAUAAUUAGUUACUCUUACUUAAUAAGCGAACGUGUACACAGCGGCGACAUAGGUAGGAUUUAUAUACCGUAGUUUAAAAGAGGACAAGAAAAAGAUGAAAAUCUAGAUUUCUAUGCAGCAUUUUAGCAUUUUGAUCGCGCGACGACGACGACGAGUAAUUACUUUUUAAUACGAACCUCGAGCAUAUUUUUCACCGACACACAUCGGUCUCGUAUACAUCGGUUGUAUUCCACUUGAAAAUAUUCCUGGUCUGUUCUUUACAGCCGAACCGGCUGCACCGGUUCCAAGGAACUUACAUACAUACUGAAGCGCAUGCACGAAAUUCUCACGCUUCUCAGCGAGCGUAAUUUUCUCGAACUAGCGCAGCUGGCUCAGCUAUAAGGAACAGGCCAUCUAAACGAAUAAACUUUCCUAAUUGGCGGAGAAUCGGUGGGUUUUUAAACGGAAAUAGGCCUAGACGAUGUUUGACUUUUCCUUGCGACACGCGGAACGAAGAGGAAACACGAGUUUUCUCGCUGCGACUUCUUUACCGAGAGACAAAAAAAAGAGAGAAAAGUUUGCAGAUUUUUAUUACCGGUUAAGGUUUCAAGAUAAUGUAUACAUAAAGUUUUACCAAGUGCCGUAACGAAACCGCCAAUUUUACAGCGAAUCUGUCGUUUAUCGAUCUAUCGUUUUACACGGCUAAGACUUUGGUGUCCGUCGAUUUAAACGGCAAGCCUGAUGCAUGUGCGAUCAAUAUAAUUGUAGACGUCGAAAGGGAAAAAAAUGGUUUCAAGGCUCCUGGUCCUUCGCUGCAACUGUCCUUCUUUCAUGACGUCAGAAGCGAGAAAACGCACGCCGAGAAAUUCUUGCGUUAUACGUUCAAAUAAAACAAUAUACUUAUAAAGUGACGUUCAUGAUCGAUUCAGCACACUUGUAAAAUUGCCCGAACACUUUUCUCUUGCUCGAACAAUCAAUGAACGGUCGUGAAAUUAACAUCUACAAAAUCAUAAGAAAAGAGGUUGGAAAAGAAAGUUCCGUGUCAAGUUAAUUUUGCGACUAUUUAUUGAUCGUCCGAAUAAGAGAAAAGUGUUCGGAUAAUUUUAUAAAGUGUGCUGAAAAUUUUUUUAUUCGAACGUAUAACGCAAAAAUUCUUGGUGUAUGUUUUCUUGCCUCUGACUCAUCAAAAACAGUUGUAGGGACCAGGAGUCUUUAAUGAUAGAGACAACAAUGACGAGACAUCACAAUCAUGAAUAAUAUGGCAGCCUUAAAUAUAUAUAUAUAUAUACAUAUAUAUACAUAUACAUAUAUAUAUAUAUACACACACACACACACACACACACACACACACACACACACACACACACGUGUUACUUUAUAUUUUUAAUUAUUAUAAAGAUGCGACUUAAGCCAUCCGCAGUAUUUGAAACGUCUCGAGCGUCCUGUGAGCUCCGCGGGUGAUAAGUGCGAUACCGGCGCGGCGACGCAAGGGUGCUCCGAACGACAAGAAGAUACAUAGCUACUUAAGUAGAAUAACACAAAGUACGAACAAGUAAGGAGAUUAAGCGUGGUGAAACUUAAGGGAAAGGUGUGUGUGUGCCCGUCGAUGGCCAUGACGUAGGAAGAGAACGCGUUGAAAGUAUAUUUUUUAUCGAUGUUGCUUAAUCGUUAAGUUUCUUCCUCUCCUCGUUCGGGGAAGCGAGGAGAGAGCAUGAUGGUAACCGGAUAUCUUUGGGUCGAUAUCGCUCGAUUAUUCGGGAACGCUUAACGUAUCGAUACCGAUAUAUAGUUACUUUUUAUCAUUGCAUUUAUAUCCGCAAUCUUUCGUUUCUCGUUAGACAGAAUAAUCGCAUGGAUAGUAGCAUCCCUAGCAGGAUCGAUGCGAAAGCUAUGCAAAGUGCAAGUUUCCGCCUUUUCGAUGCGUUAUGAAUUUUACGAACAUACACACACACACACACAUACACUACAUAUCGUUUUGUACCGAUAUCUUCUUUCAUGGCUUUGUUUUUUGCAAAUGCGAUUUAGCAAAUCGAUUAUACCCCAAUAUUUUAUACCUUUGAUCUCAGUAGAAUCCUCGCGAGAAAGAGAGAGAGGAGGAGAAGGAGGAGAGUGUGUGAUGGCUUACGCUACGUUUGGGAACUGCAUUUUUAUUCGGAAUACGGCUCGAUCAUGUGUCACAACAAUCUCGCGACACAACACUGUACAAACGCGAAAUCCCGAAGUGUGCAACAGACUGACGGAGGGUGGUCGUGACCUCCUUUUGCCGCAUUUUUUUUUUUUCAACUUCCUCUUUUUAACAACAAUAUUCGCGCGACCAUUGAAAGUUUUAUGAUGUGAUGGAAUAUUUCGACUUUUUAAAAGAAGCAUGUAUACCCUCGGCGCGCGGUAGCAUCGGUUAUUCUGAUUAUAAUUUUAACGCGACACGCGGGUCUCUUUGUAGAUAAGUUUUAAGCUCCUAUAUAGUUUCGUAAUUAUUUUUAUUCGCUGUUCUUCGGUGAUUUUGUACUCCUCCCCCCUCCCCCUCCAAGCAUAAUGUUAUCAAUCAUAUCUCACACACACGUGUCCGUGUCGAGAUAGCAAAAGAGAAAGAAAAAAACUGAAAAUUCAACGUAAUACGAAAACAAACGAGUGAUCCGACGAUAUUACUUAUCGCCGUAUAAUCGUUUAUCGUACGUUAACGAUUGUCCUUCAUUUCAUGGAAUCGACGCUGAGUUCGCUGAAGUAUGUGCACUCGUAAUAUUGUAAAUUGUUUUUUUUUACUUUGAUAAAGCGAUGUAUAGUGUACACAGAGGAAAUUGAUAAAACACUGCCCUCCCUGAAAAAAAAGAAACUUUCCUAUCCGACACUGUUAAAUAUUAAUUGUAACAUGUCUUAUAUUAUAUUUGAACGCCUAUUACGAAGAAAUAUAUGAGUAAUUAUUGA